AUGAAGAGACCUGCAUUUUUAGACCAAAAACCACCUCCAGGGUAUAUUGCAGGUUUAGGUAGAGGUGCAACUGGGUUUUCUACUAGAGGAAGUAAAAAUAAACAAAUACCGAAAAGAUUACAGUCAGUUCAAUUAUCUGAUACAAUUAGAAAUGAAAAUGGUAAUCUAAAAGAUAAAGAAGACAUAGAAGCAGAAAGAAUAUUCUCCAAUAUUGAUUCUAAAAGAAAUGGGAGAAAUAAAACUGAUUUGAAGAAAAAAAGAGAAAUUACAAUUCAAGAAUUUUCAAAUUUAAAAAGAAACCUUAAACAAGUUACUGAAAAUGAAUGGUUAAAUAUUCCUGAAGCUAGUGAUUUAACAAGACGAAAUAAAAGGAAUAGAUUACAGGAACAAUUAAAUAGAAAGAUGUAUUCAGCACCUGAUACCCUAUUAACUAGAAGUGUUGAUUUAACAACGUUAACUGAGGAAAGGGAAAAAUUACUUAGUAAAAAGAUAGACAAAAGUUUUUUAAAUAAAUCAUUAAAUGGAGACAGUACUUUAUUGGAAAACAACGAAACAUCAACUAAUAAAUUAGAUAAUACCAAAGAAUAUCUACAACAAUUAGAGUCUAUGAAUAAUACGUCGAAUAAUAUAUCCCAAUCUGAAGAAGUCAAAAAGAUGAGGAUAAUCUUUCAAUCCUAUAGAAGGUCAAUGCCAAAAGAACCACAAAGUUGGAUUGCAUCAGCGCGGCUAGAAGAAAAAUGUAAUCGAUUUCAGGCUGCUAAAAAUAUUAUUAGUGAAGGGUGUCAAGAAUGUCCUAGAAGUGAUGAUAUUUGGCUUGAAAAUAUUAGAUUACAUAGAAAUGACAUUCACAAGUGCAAAAUUUUAGUUGCUACAGCUAUUAAAUUUGUGCCAUCAUCACAAAAACUUUGGACUAAGGCUAUAGAAUUAGAAUCAGAAGACAUAAAUAAAUUAAGGGUUGUUAGAAAAGCUUUAGUCGAGCUACCAGCUGUUGAAAAAUUUUGGAAAUUGGCUGUAUUGUACGAAAAGGAAAAAACAGAAUCAAUAAAAAUUUUGAAGAAAGCUUUAGAGUUUUUACCUAAUAACAUUGAUCUGUGGAAAGCUUUAAUUAAAAUGCAAGAUUAUGAAAAUGCUAAAGAUACAUUACAAUUAAUGCAAAAUAUCUUGCCUGAUAAUAUAGAUACAUGGAUCAAUACAGCUCAAUUGGAAGAGUAUCAUUCCUCAUCACUCAGUAAAAGCUCAAAUAUAUUUAUUAAUGGAUUUAAGAAAUUGGUUAAACUUAAUAUUAAAUUUGACUAUUUUGAAUUAAUAAAAAAAGCUCUCUAUAUCGAAAACGACAUUGAUUCAAAAUUAACACAUGAACUAUUUAUCUCUAGUCUCUUUAAAUUCCAAUCCAUCGAUUCUAAUACGUUACAAGAAUUAACUAAAACUAUGGAAACCAUGGAAAAUAGCACUACUAAAAUACUUUGUUUAAGAGAAUUAUUAAUCAUCAAACCCACAAAAUAUAGUCUUUGGCAAUUAUUGCAAACUACUUGUGUUACUAUGUCAAAAAUUUCAGAAUUAUAUAAAACUUAUGAAAUAAUUUUAUUUGAUGAUAAAACUAAUUAUUCUACGUUAAGAAAAGUACCAACAUUAUCGUUGCUAUAUGCAAAAGAUAUAUGGAAAUACAGUUCCAAUCCAGAUAAGGCCCUAAAUUCAAUUAAUCGAGCACUAAAAAUUAUCCCCACUUCAUCAGAUGUGUGGUUUGCCAAAUUAAAAAUAUUAUGUCAAUUAAAAAGAAUCAAACAAAUUGAAGAGUUAUUUAAUGUUAUGUUUGAUUUCUUUAAUAAAAAGAACACUAUAGAUAAAGAGAGACUUUACGUUAAAUAUGUUUCAUUUCUCAGAUAUAUGGGUAAAUAUGAUGAUGCAAUAGAAUAUAUCCAAAACAAAUGUAUUGUAGAAUAUCCUCAAUUUUAUAAAUUUUAUUUACAAAUUGGACAAAUUUAUGAACUUGAGAUAAAAGAUGGUGAACAAAGUAUAUUUUGGUAUGACAUAGGAUUUAAGAGGUUUCCUAAAAACAGCAUAUUUGCAAUAUCAUUAUCUAGAGUUCAUAUUAACCUACUUAAUAAUGUUUCUAAGGCACGCUCUAUUUUGGAAGUCGCAUUGGCUUUAUCUCCUAAUGAUGAAAGAUUGUACCAAUCAUUGAUAAGAUUAGAAAAAGGACAACAUCAGUUAGAUCAAGUUAAUCUUCUGAUUGAAAGAGCAUUGAAGUUACUACCAACAAGUCCAAUUAUCUGGACAGAAAAACUUAUAUCUCUAUCAGAUCGUAAAUCAUCAACAAAAAAAAUAGUAUUCAAAGACGCACUUUCUAAAACCAAAAAUCACUACUUGGUACUUCUUCAAAUAGCAAUCUCAUUUUUUAAUGAUGGCCAAUAUAAAUAUGCCGAAAAAUGGUUACAGAGAUCCAUUAAAAGCAACCCAAAUUAUGGAGAUACUUGGGUCUGGUUGGUAAGAACUUAUCAAAAACUGGGCUUAGACUGUAAAGAUAUAUUUCAUAAAGUAAAUCUUUAUGAACCAAAAUAUGGUAAUGAAUGGAUUGAAAUCACGAAGGGAAGCAAAACUCAGUAUUUGGGUCCCACUGAAGUAUUAACACUACUCUCACAACAAUCAAUAUGA